GUGUUGACUUCGAAAGCAAACCAAUGGUUGUGAUAUGCGCUUGUAAUAUGCCAAAUCCUGCUGAUGUUGAUUACGAUAGAAUUUUAUCUCGAAUUUUACAAAAACUAGAUAUUUUUGUCGAAAGUGAUUAUACUGUUGUACUCUUUGCUGGAGGUGCUAAAUAUAAUCCUGGUUGGACCUGGAUGUUUCGAGCAUAUAAAAGUUUGAGUAGAAAAUACAAGAAAAAUUUAAAGUCUUUAUAUAUGGUUCAGCCAACUACUUGGGCUCGUGUAUAUCUUGAUUUUAUGAAUGUUGUAAUAAGUCCAAAAUUUGCAAAAAAAGUUAAAUACGUUCUUACUUUGUCUGAACUAGCUAAAUAUGUUCCUCUUACGCAGAUUGACAUUCCUCCAGCUGUUUACGAGUAUAAUUUAAAAUUUGAGGAUAGAAUUAAAUUACCAACCAAUUAUGAUGAAGAAGGACAUUUGAUGUUUGGGGUUCAUGUUGAAAAACUCAUGGGAACCGAGGGUGAAAAUGGAUUACCAAGAGUUGUUAGAGACUGUGUCGCGUAUCUAAGAUCAGAAGGUUUGGAAACUGAAGGUGUAUUCCGUAGAUCACCUAGCUCUGUAUUAUUAAGACAAGCAAAGGAAGCCUAUGAUCGAGGAAAUCCGGUAAAUUUAGAAGAUUAUGGUGUCCAUGUGGCUGCUGUUCUUCUCAAAAUGUUCUUUAAUGCUCUACCAGUACCAGUUUUUCCAAUGGAAACAUACGACACUCUUAAACAGAUAAUACAUAAGCCACAUUAUUUAGGAAGAGUUGAAUUUAUUCGUAGCA